CUCCAAACCAGGACAAUUUGUGAAAUACACAGCAGGUUCCUGUGUCUUCUCCAUCGAGGCUUCGGUGCACCAAUGAGGUGUCUAGCUUUCAGCAUGGCCGUUGCCAUGGCCAUGAGGGCGUCAGGAAUCAGGGAAGGCCCUGAAGGUCAUACGACCGUUACGACCUGCUCUGAGCGCGUUGCUAUGGUCUUGGAUAAUGUCUAUGGCCGAUGGUUUGCGCGAAAAAUUGACCAACUUCUACUGGACGAUCCCUUUUCAACGAGUCAAGACACCAAGGAGGACUUGCUGAAGCGACUGCAAAAAUCCAUGUUGUUUCACUGCGAGUUCUUUGAAUCCCAGAAGUCUUGUGAUGGAGUUCGCAACGCCCGUUUUCAGGAGAGAAUGGGAAAACGCAAUGAGCGUGUCUUCCCAGCAAAGAUCAGCCCGAAGGACUCCAGCUGCUUCAAAAGCAUCACAGAUCCAGGACCCGAACGAGAUCGAUGUGUCAUGGCGCAGUGCUACUGGGAACUGGUGGAGAAAAACUGUCGUGCUGUGGUGUCACAAAGUGGACAGUCGAAAGUUGAAGACAUGCGUCUUCAUGAAAAGUGUCUCUGAAGGCACCGUGAACAUGGCAACAUGAG